AUGUUGCAGGACGUUACAAACAGACUCUUUGCAGCGACCCAGAAUUUACGAGGUUACUGGCUGUCGCCGCCUCUGGCUACCAAACGGGCACCGCGGCAGGGUGUGGCUGAAGUUGACCUGACAGAAGGACUGGAUGCAGUGGUUGCCUGGUCCAUGCGUCUCACUGACAAGCCAUUACCAAAAGGCUCCAUUGCCCACAUCUGGCAUCCGGACCGUGAGAUCGAAGGUCACACGAACAUGGUGCCGGAGGCUAUCGAAGUCAUGAAUGGGCUUGCUGCCGCGGAGGGCGUGAAGACAAUUUGCGAAGUUGGCUUCAAUGCUGGCCACAGCGCGCUGCGAUGGUUGACGUAUUCCAGUGCGAAGGUGCUCUCGUUCGAUCUCGGAGAUCACCCUUACUCCCGACCGGCUGCCAUGUGGCUAGCGAGCCAAUUUCCAGAGCGGCUGGAGCUGAUAUGGGGCGACUCCUUGGCAACGGUGCCGGAGUUUCACAGACGGAAGCCUGGGGUCCAGUGUGAGUUGAUCUUCAUAGACGGUGGCCACAGCUACGACUGUGCUAUCCGGGACCUGAAGAACUUGGCGGGCCUCGCGAAUCUGAAAAACAACCGCAUCCUGCUUGAUGAUACAUUCCUGGAUGAUGUUCGCCGGGCAUGGGACGAGAUGCUAGAGAUGGGGUAUGUGGAGGAGUUGCAGAGCUUUUCGGGUGAAAUUGAAGUUGGCAGCUAUGGUUUCACCGUGGGCAUGUACACAGAGCGUGCGGCUGAAUUGCUGCGGGUAGGAGCUGUAGAAUAG